CUUCAUAUUGUCUUCUCCGUCCUGCCCUCGAUCUAUUCCUAGCUUGCAGGUUGUUUCCCUGUCUCUCCCCAGAUCUAUCUAUCCUGUGCAGCUUCCAUUCUCAGUUGGUGCCUUAGGUAAAUCUCUCCGGCUAGCCGGCGUGUGAGGCGGUGUUGCUGCUAGCUGAGUGAGUCGCCGUGAUGGUUCGUGGGAAGACCGUCAUCAGCAGGAUCGAGAACACGACGAGCCGCCAGGUGACCUUCUCCAAGAGGAGGAGCGGGCUAUUCAAGAAGGCCAAGGAGCUGGCCAUCCUCUGUGAUGCCCAGGUCGGCGUCCUGGUCUUCUCAAGCACUGGCCGUCUCUAUGACUACUCCAACUCCAGCAUGAGAUCAGUAAUCGAAAGAUAUCAGCAGAUUAAAGAUGGUCAGCAACUUAUGAGUGCGAGCACCGAGGCAAAGUUCUGGCAAGCAGAGGCGGAACGUUUAAAACAGCAACUGCAUAACUUAGAAGGAAGUCAAAGGCAGUUGUUGGCACAUGAUCUCUCUGGCCUUGAAUGGAAUGACCUGAAGAGUCUAGAAAAUCAACUGGAGACGAGCUUGCAUAACGUUCGUCUAAAGAAGGACAAAAUCAUGGUCGAACAAAUUCAAGAAUUGAGAAAGAAGGAGAACAUCAUGCACCGAGAAAACAUGGAACUCCACCGUGAGUUCAACAUGAUCCGUCAAGAUAGUGUGAAUUUCCAGCGAAAGGUUUAUGGAAAACAAGAUGUAAAUGGAGGACAGGGAAGUUCUGUUACUCAGAACACCAAUACUCAGGAUGAUGCAGACGAAAUUCGUCUUGAGCUAAGCCAACCACAGGUUCCGGAUGAGAAACCAGAAGCAGCAGCAUAAGGAAGAGCGCUUGAUAAAUAAGAGGUUGGCCAUGACGUACUUGUCACAAGUCAAAAUUCCGUGAAACAAUUGGAUGAAAAGUAUUGUGUUUGCGCACUAUAUAUCUGAGCUAUAAUGUAUUUGUCAUGCCGACAUUCGUUGUGGGAGUUGUAGUUUGUAUUGUGUAUUUUGUAGUUGGCAAAGACAAUAGUCCUAGGAUCAAAACAUUAAGAGUGUAUUGCACCUUGAGCCACCUUUUCUUA